AUGCCCGCGAUGGUUUUGCAUGGCCCAACUCGCCUGCGACUAUAUGGAGAACAGAACACAAGAGGCGCAUGGUCAAAUGAUCUGAGGCGCGUUAUGGAAUUUGGCUUUGAAUGGGACCGGGCUUGGAACUCUCGGAGAAGAGUAGUGGAGAAUCUGGCCCUGGGGACACCGCCCCUGGGGACACUACUCUCCCUGGGGACACUGCUCUCCCUGGGGACACUACUCCCUGGGGAUACUGCUCUCCCUGGGGACACCGCUCUCCCUGGGGACGCUGCUCUCCCUGGGGACACCGCUCUCCACCACGCAGCACUGAAUAUCCUCACCGGCAGCCAGUUCCAGAACGAAGACGACAACAGCACCUCAGCAUGGACCCCACCGAUACGCGGAGACUCCCCCACCAGCCCCCUAACACGCCUCUACAACAGCCUCGUGAUGAAACUGGGAGAAGGAGCGGUCAGUUAUCUGGAGUCGCGGAUCCCAUUCCCGGUAAAGCCGUGGUGGAGAGCGCCCACGAUCACUAUCACGGAAGGACGAGAAGCGGCGGAACGACUGCACACACACAUUAUCAGCGGAGCCGACCCACCACUGGCAGUCUACACCGACGGUAGCGGCAUACACGGGAAAGUGGGGGCUGCUGCAUUAGCGCCGUCGAUCCACACCCAAGAACUCGCUUAUCUCGGCAAGGAAACGUCUACCACCGUCUAUGCAGCCGAGCUUCUUGGCAUUCACAUGGGCCUAAACCUAAUCCUAGCGUCGGACCGACGCAGAGCAGCAAUCUUCACGGACAACCAGGCAGCCCUAAAGGCUCUCCAAAACCCCAGAAGAUCAUCCGGUCAAUCCAUACUUCGGAGGAUCAUAGAUGCUCUAGACAGGGUCCGCGCCCAGGGCCUUCAGGUGGAAUUCUACUGGAUCCCGGCGCACCAAGGAAUCGAAGGUAAUGAAUUGGCGGAUAAUCUCGCAAAGGAAGCGACGGGCUGCAGACAACAACGAGGCAGAAGAGGGAGGAUGAUCACAGUGGACACUGACGAUACCGCAGCUACACCUGACUUCCUAAGACACCUGAUAUCCGCAGCCAAGUCGGAACUUCACCGCCAGACCCAGGUACAGUGGGAGCGGGACUGGGAGAACGAGUCAUCGGGGCGAGCCACCUACGUGCUCACACCCGCACCAAGCCCUACGGUCCUCCAUCUACACCACUCCUUACACAAGGCCCUCAGUUCCACCAUCGUACAGAUGCGCACCGGCAAGAUUGGACUACGACAAUUCCUAUAUGAAAGAAAGGUGCCAGAGAUCACUGACACCCUAUGCGAAUGCGGUGGCGGAAAUCAAACAGUACGGCACGUCUUAUUAGCGUGCCCUAGGUUUAACAACCUCAGAGCGGAAACAUGGGAAAACGGGGAAGGAAGAAGGGAUAGGUUCGAUCUCAAGGAGAUCCUGACCACGCCUAAGCUAGCUAAGAAGGCUGCAAGAUUUAUGAUCUUAACUAGACUCCUCGGGCAAUAUGGAGCAAUUACGGAGGACAAAAUACGAUAA